AUGCAAUCUCACGUAGUACAAUCGCCUUGGCACACUAUCGGAGUUGAUUUAACUGGUCCUUUACCUAAAACUCCGCGCGGGAAUGCCUACAUCUUAGUUGUAGUCGAUUAUUUCACGAAAUGGGUCGAAUUUUUUCCUCUAGGCACCAUCAAAUCGAGAAAAAUCGCUCAACUACUGCAUGACGAAGUCAUUUGUCGUCAUGGCAUUCCCGUUAAAAUUGUUUUCGAUAACGGUGCACAAUUUGUAGCCGACGUUUUUCGAGGAACUUUAAAGAUCAUGGGUAUCCGGCAUCGAACGACCGCUCUUUAUCAUCCUCAAUCAAACUUAUCUGAGCGUGUCAACCGGACAUUAAAGCCCAUGCUGGCUAUUUUUGCCGAACAUGAUAAAGAACCUUGGGAUAUGCGACUGCCGCAGCUAGCACUUGCCAUCCGAGCGGCAAUAAAUGGAUCGACUGGCCAAAGUCCAGCAUUUUUAAUGUAUGGUCGAGAACUGAAACUACCACUUGAUCUCGUGUACGGUUCCGAAACGGAUGUUCUUGAUAAGUUAAAAUUAUCUGAGGAAUUCCGAACGCACACUGAACGACUUAAAGCCAUUCUUGUCUCUGCACAUCAGUCGGCCAGAGAAAAUCUGGAAAUUGCGCAGUAA